AUUCUUGACACUCGUGUCUUAUUGUACCCUUGUUAUAGUAUAUUGUUUAAAUGUAAUUCCUAACAUUAACGUACGCAUUUAUCAAAACUGCACGAACGAACCAGUACGAUUACGAUGAUUUCAAUUGUUAUACCGAUAUACACGAACAGCACGUUAUCGUAAAACGAAAAGCAUUUUACGACAGUGUAAAGGAAACACAAGUACGUACUGAAUUUAUUUCAAAUAAGGAAAAAUAUAGCAAAAAAACAAGGAAGAAUUUAAUUUGCAAUGCAAAGUGACUGCUGGUGAUCGUUGAGUUGAAUCAAUUCGUAAUCAGAGUACAGAGAUCAAAAAUGGCAAAAUUUAGAAUGCUGCCGCGCACAUCGCGCAUUGUGGCGCUUUGUUCUGCCGCAAAUUUUAUAAAUGCUGCGGACAGAGUAAUUAUGCCCAUUGCAAUUGUUCCAAUGACUGACGAGUUCAAAUGGAAUUUAUAUUGGCAAGGAUGGAUACUGUCUGCGUUCGCAUUUGGAUAUUUCACUAGUCAGAUUAUCGGUGCAAGUACAGCAAGUCGUUUCGGCUGCAAAACAGUACUCAUGCUGGCAGUUUUGUUGUGGUCUAUCAGUACAGUAGUCACACCAUUACUAGCACAGUCAGUACCAUUACUCAUAGUCUGUAGGGUGAUUUUAGGACUUGGGGAAGGAUUAGGUUUACCAGUGAUAUUCCAUUUAUUUGCACAUAAUGUGCCUGUUGAGGAAAGAUCACGGGCUUUUGGUUAUCUUGUAGCUGCAGGUUCUGUCGGCCAGGUGGUUGCAUCUAUUAUAUGUCCACAUCUGGCAUGGCAAACUGGAUUUUAUUUGUUUGGAACGAUAGGUAUUCUUUGGACUUUAUUGUGGCUAAUGCUAUAUCAAGAAACUAACUCGCAGGAUGAGAUACCAUUAUUUGUUCCUAAGGUAGCACAAAAUAGAAGCUUACGUUGGACGGAGUUUAUUGCACAUUGGCCUUUAUGGGCUCUGUAUAUAGCACAUUUUGCAAUGAACUGGAGUAAUUAUAUAAUAAUGCAGUGGCUCCCAACUUAUUUGGCAAGGAAUUUGUCUGCCAAUAAAGAGAGCAUUAGUUUGACAGCACUUCCUUAUGUUGUUAAUUCUCUUAUUGGUAUUGUUGCUGGCCACAGUGCUGACACUUUAAUACAAAAAAGAUGGUCUGUUUUAUCUGUUAGAAGACUGAUGACGAAUAUAGGCCUAAUAGGACCAGGUGCAUUCUUAUUAGCUUUUUGUGCUGUAGAUAAUCUACUUGCAGCAGUCGUAUUUGUUUCGAUAUCCAUGGGCCUCUGUGCGUGCAAUUCUGCUGGACAUCUUAGUAAUCAUGCUGAUAUAGCUCCCAAUCAUGCGGGAAUUACAUUUGCAGUUUCCAAUACAAUUGCAACGAUACCUGGAAUUCUGUGCGGACCAUUAACGGCUGAAUUAGUAACUGCCUCGCACGGUUGGUGGAUGCCAGUGUUUGUGUUAGCAGCAGCAAUUAAUUUCACCGGGGCUAUAAUAUACCAGAGCCAUAGUUCGGCGCUUCCAGUGUUGUGAUAUGUUCUAUCUCUUAAUCAACAAUUAUACUUUGUCGAAGGGAGAGAAGCAGUAAAGUGUUUGUUGAAGACAAUGCAGAAGUGUGUAUUUAUAUUAAGAUCGUUACAGACGAUUUUUAGUGCGAUAACUGUGAACAUUUAUGAAACGUUGAUAUGAUGCGGUCAUCGCGUAUCGGUCAGUCAAAAAACAUAUCAUGAUGCUUUAUUUAUACUUUAAAUUAAAUCUCAACAUUAAAGUAGCAAAUUGUGAUUUUAACAGAUAGUGCCAUAGUUUGAAGAACGAGUAAAUAAAAGAAAUUUUAACUUUCACAUUUA